GCCGGAGGUCUGAGGGAGGGGAGAGAAACAAGAUGGCGGCUGCGGGGAUCUGAGGGAUAACCGAGCGACGCGUAUCAGCACCGCCGGGAGAAGGAGCACGGCCGCGGGGAGCACACCGGAGCGGCGCAAGCUGUCUGCACGUACUGAGCCGCCCAGGAAAAUGUUUCAGACGUCCGCACGCCAGCCCCGAUUGAAGGCCGACGAGGCGAUGUGGGAAUGCACUUUAACGAGCCAUCCGGCAAAAUGCCUGCGUGACUAACGACAUGGGUGCGAAUGCCUCCAACUACCCUCACUCGUGUUCCCCGAGGGUAGGGGGAAACUCGCAGGCGCAACAGACCUUUAUAGGAACGUCGUCCUAUUCUCAUCAAGGUUACGGAUACGAAUCAAAGUUAUACAGCCUUGAUCAUGGCCACGAGAAACCACAAGACAAGAAAAAGAAAACCUCCAGCCUGGCCACCCUCAAGAAGAAAUUCAUUAAGAGGCGGAAGUCGAGUCGCUCUGCGGACCACGCCAAGCAGAUGCGAGAGCUCCUGUCCGGGUGGGACGUCAGGGACGUGAAUGCGCUGGUGGAGGAAUACGAAGGCACGGCAGCCUUAAAGGAGCUCUCGCUGCAGGCGAACUUGGCGAGACCGGAGGCCAGGACUUUGCAGAAAGACAUGGCUGAUCUAUACGAGUACAAAUAUUGUACGGAUGUGGACUUAAUAUUCCAGGAAACCUGCUUUCCGGUACAUCGUGCCAUACUGGCCGCAAGGUGCCCCUUCUUUAAAAAGUUACUUUCAUCUUCCCCGGAGUACGGAGCGGAAAUAAUCAUGGACAUCAACACUGCUGGAAUAGACAUGUCUAUGUUCUCCGCGCUCUUACACUACCUUUACACGGGAGAGUUUGGCAUCGAGGACUCCAGAUUCCAGAACGUUGAUAUCCUUGUGCAACUGAGUGAAGAAUUCGGCACCCCGAACUCUUUGGACGUCGACAUGCGCGGGCUCUUUGAUUACAUGUGCUAUUACGAUGCCAUCCUCAGCUUUUCGUCGGACUCUGAGCUGGUGGAGACAUUUGGGGCUCAGAGCUGCUUGGACGAGGAGCUCAGAGCUCACAAGGCGGUCCUUUCAGCUCGCUCGCCGUUUUUCCGGAAUUUGCUGCAGAGACGGAUCCGAACGGGAGAAGAGAUAACCGACCGGACUUUACGGACUCCCACUAGAAUCAUACUGGAUGAAUCCAUAAUACCAAAAAAAUACGCAAAAGUCAUUUUGCAUUGCAUGUAUACGGACGUGGUGGAUCUCUGCUAUGUUUUGCACUGUAGUCCAUCUGUUGGGAGCCUCAGUGAAGUCCAGGCCUUGGUGGCGGGGAAGCCGAGCAUGACGCGGGCUGAGGAAGCGAUGGAGCUCUAUCACAUAGCGCUGUUCUUGGAGUUUAAUAUCCUUGCGCAAGGCUGUGAAGAUAUUAUCGCAGAGAGCAUCUCUCUGGACACGCUAAUCGCCAUCUUGAAAUGGAGCUCUCAGCCGUACGGCUCGAACUGGGUCCACCGCCAAGCUUUGCAUUUCCUCUGUGAGGAGUUCAGCCAGGUCAUGGUUUCCGACGUCUUCUAUGAACUGAGCAAGGACCACUUGCUAACCGUGAUCCAGUCGGACUAUCUGCAGGCGAGUGAACAAGAUGUACUCAAGUACCUUAUUAAGUGGGGAGAGUAUCAGCUAAUGAAAAGAAUAGCGGACAGAGAGCCCAAUCUGCUGAGUGGAACGGCUCACAGCGUCAACAAGCGAGGAGUUAAAAGGAGAGAUCUGGACAUCGAGGAGCUCAGAGAGAUAUUAUCCCCCCUGCUGCCGUUCGUCCGCAUUGAACACAUUCUACCCAUGAACAGCGAUGUACUGAGCGACCCUAUGAAGAGAGGCUUAAUAAGCACCCCCCCUGCAGAUAUGUUACCGACCUCGGAGGGGGGCAAAUCAAACGCGUGGCUGCGGCAGAAGAGCGCUGGCAUAUAUGUUCGACCGCGACUGUUUUCGCCUUACGUAGAAGAGGCCAAGUCGAUGCUCGAUGAGAUGAUGGUGGAGCAGACCGAUCUGGUCCGAUUGAGGAUGGUCCGGAUGUCCAACGUCCCGGACACGCUCUAUAUGGUUAACAAUGCGGUACCCCAGUGCUGUCACAUGAUUAACCACCAGCAAAUGAGCAGCAGCCAGGCCAGCCCUCCCACUGUCGUAGCAAAUGAGGUGCCAGUUCCUCCGCUUGGUGUCGUGAAGGACAUGAUCCGGCGUCUCCAGGAGCUGCGUCACACGGAGCAGGUGCAGCGCGCGUACGCCUUAAACUGCGGGGAGGGCGCGACCGUCAGCUACGAGAUCCAGAUCCGGGUCCUGCGAGAAUUCAGUCUUUCGGACUCUGCGGCAGAACUGUUACAGAAUCCCCACAAGUUCUUCCCCGAUGAGCGAUUUGGGGAUGAAAGCCCGCUUCUAGCAGUGCGACAGCCUGGGCGAUGUCGCGUAAACAGCACGCCUGCUCCUGAAACCAUGUUUACGGACAUUGACUCUUACGUGGCCUUCCAUCCACCGUUACCCCCUCCGCCUCCCCCCUACCACCCCCCGGUGACCCCGAUACAUAAUCAGUUUAAAGUGAGCUGGAAACACAGGGUGCCCAGCCAGCAUCCGUCCCGCUCCUUUUCAUACCCUUGCAAUCAUUCCCUCUUCCACUCCAGGACGGUCCCCAAAGCUACACCGCUUGCCUACUUACCUGGUGUAAAAGCAGCACCGCCUGAUUGCACUAACAAUACCGGACUCGGGAGGCAAACUGUAGCAGCGGCGGCAGCGGCCAUGGCUGCCGAACAGCAAGCGUGCGGAGAGCCCGUUCUGAAUGAGUUCAUGCCGGAUAUUGCCAUGGGGGUAUCUACAAUGUCCCUAAAGGAGAGGAGGCUUCCCGAAUUAACAAUCGAUACGCAGAUCGGCCACCAAGUGUCUGACAUGAUGCCUGGUCCUCCCCAGCACCUCUCCUGCAUGCCGAGCAGGCACAUGCCGAGCUCCCGGAAGAAACAGAUCGUAGAGCAAAAGAUGGAAACGAGAGAGAGCCAGCCGGAGUACCCCAACUUCUAUGACUUUUCCAACUCUGCCUGUAGGCCGUCAACCCCAGUCCAAAGCAGACAUUCUCCGUUGGCCUCACAGGGUCUGUAUUUUGGCCCCGAUUUAUACAGCCACAGCAAGCCACCUCCCAACGCGUUAAAGUCUGUUUACCUAUCAAACCAGAUCUCGCCUAAGAAGCAGGAGGAUGGGAGAAGAGAAUAUCUGUUUCCCCAAGAGGGUCAUCCACACAGACAAAAGCCUGAACCGUUACACCUCGAUGUCUUAGAGCAGCCUCCUCAACGCUUGGACCUGGCCCUGGCCGCGCAGGAGAGCGGCGGCCACGGCACUCAUCACGGCCGCGGUAGAACAAAAAUGGAAACGGACCUGACUUACGGCCUGACGUCUGCUAGACCUUCGUAUUCCGCCUACGGCUCCGACUUGCAGGACGAGCGAUCCUUCCGGAGAAUCGUCGACGGCGACUUGCUGGAUCGCAACGCACAAAGAAGCAUGGAACUGGAACGGGAGGAGACGGCGGGCAGGGAGAGGAGGUCUCCAAACAAAUCGGACUUUCUUUACAAAAAAUCCGCUCUUUAAAUAUAACCUCUCGACAUUCUCUCUGUGCCUCUAACUCGAUAGAUACGUUUCUUACAAGUCAGCGUGAGCAGCGCCGUUGCCGGGGGAUCACCCGCUCUUCAGAACGUCUCCUCAAUU